AUGGCGACUGUUGACGACGAUGACUUGUUAGAUGAUGAACAUUUGGAGUCGUUACUCGAAUUUCCAUUGGAAGUUCAAGAUGCUAUAGACCAGGUGCUGCCAAGUGAUGACCCAUUAGACAAGGCCGAUUUUAACCCCAUCGAUUACAUCAACACACUGUUCCCUACAGAACAGUCCUUAGCAAACAUUGAUGAUGUAGUUGGGAAAAUUCGACACAAAAUCAGGAGACUUGAUGAUGAUAUACGUACAGUUGUAAGAGGCCAGACCAAUGUUGGGGAGGAUGGCAAACUGGCCCUGGAAGAGGCACAGAAGGCUAUACAGGAACUCUUUGCCAAAAUUAUAGACAUAAAGGACAAAGCAGAGAAGUCAGAAGAAAUGGUCAAGGAAAUCACCAGAGAUAUCAAACAGCUAGAUCAUGCCAAGAAGAAUUUGACGGGAUCAAUAACAACACUAAAUCAUUUACACAUGCUGGUGGGAGGUGUGGAUUCUCUCACGUCUCUAACGAGGAGAAGACAAUAUGGGGAAGUAGCAAACUUGUUGCAGGGUGUUCUCAAUGUACUAGACCACUUCCAGAAGUAUAUGGGCAUCCCGCAAAUAAAACAAUUAGCAGAUAGAGUGAAACAGAUACAAUCAGAACUAGGGACUCAAAUACAAGCAGAUUUUGAGGAGGCAUUCCAGGGGGCUGGGGCUAAGUAUGGUCCUGGAAACCAGCGACAGCUAAAGGAGGCAUGUUUUGUGGUCAGUGUUUUGGACAGCAAGGUCAAGAAAGAUCUCCUUAGCUGGUUUGUAAAGCUGCAGCUGUCGGAGUAUCUUGUGCUGUUCGGGGAGAACCAAGAUGUAGCUUGGUUGGACAAGAUUGAUCGGCGCUAUACAUGGAUUAAAAGAACUCUUGUAGAUUUCGAGGAGAAAUUUGGUCACCUAUUCCCACCUGACUGGGAGGUCAGUGAAAGGAUAUGUGCUGAAUUCUGUGAAAUUACCAGGAAAGAGCUUGGGAAUAUCAUGGGCAGAAGACGUGCAGAGAUUGAUGUCAAACUUCUGUUGUUUGCCAUACAAAGGACAACCAAUUUUGAGGCUCUAAUAGCCAAAAGAUUCACUGGAGUGACAUUACAGGAGGGUCAGGUGAAACCAGUUGUGAGCCCCACUUCCCCUCCUGAAAACCCUUUUGAGGAGUCCAGCAACCCAUUUGAGGGAGCAUCAGAUGGGGACACAACUCCAAGUGAAGAAAGCAAGGCGGAUCCCAAACCCCAAAUCCUGUCACCAUUCAGUGGUAUCAUUUCCAGAUGUUUUGAGGCACAUCUCAGUAUCUAUAUAGAAUCUCAAGACAGAAAUUUAGCGGAGCUGAUCAAUCGUUUCCUGGAGGACCUACGCCAGCAUGGCACGCCACGUAUGGAGUCAGAGGAGAGUAGUAAUGUAUUACCAAGCUGCGCAGACCUGUUUGUGUUCUACAAAAAAUGUAUGGUCCAGUGUUCACAACUCAGUACCGGUCAGCCAAUGCUUGACCUUACUCGGACAUUCCAGAAAUACCUUCGGGAAUAUGCUCAUAAAGUGCUACUCACCAACCUCCCAAAAAUGACAAGUCAAAACACUGGCAUCAGCUCCGCAUCAGGUUUGAUACAGAGCAUCCUCAAGGAAGGAGAAGUAACAAAGUUUACGGAGGAGGAACAAUGUAGAAUCUGUAGCAUUCUGUGUUCUGCAGAGUACUGCAUGGAAACCUCUCAACAACUUGAGGAGAAGUUACGAGAGAAGGUUGACAAAGAAUUAUCUUUACAGAUAGAUCUCAACCCAGAACAGGACACUUUCCACAAUGUAAUUUCCAGCUGUAUCCAGUUAUUAGUGCAGGACUUGGAGAUCGCAUGUGAACCUGCUCUGGUAGCAAUGAGUAAGAUGUCCUGGUCUACAAUAGAGGCGGUAGGUGACCAGAGUGGUUAUGUUACAGCCCUGACCUCCCAUCUCAAACAGAACUUGCCAAUUAUCAGAGACAACCUCGCCUCCUCUCGCAAAUACUUCACGCAAUUUUGCCUGAAAUUUGCAAAUACAUUUAUUCCUAAAUUCAUCAAUCAUCUUUUCAAAUGCAAGAACAUCAGCACAGUGGCAGCAGAACAAUUAUUACUGGAUACUCACUCACUGAAGACAGUGUUAUUGGAUCUUCCAUCAUUAGGAUCACAAAUCAUCAGGAAGGCUCCGGCCAGUUUCACAAAGAUUGUGGUGAAAGGAAUGACAAAAGCUGAGAUGAUACUUAAGGUUGUAAUGUCCCUCCAUGAACCACCUCAGGGAUUUGUUGACAACUACAUAAGACUACUCAGUGAUUCUGAUAUCAAUGAAUUCCAGCGAGUCUUAGAGAUGAAGGGACUAAGAAGAGGUGACCAAAGUAAUUUACUGGAGAUAUAUCGAGCUAGAAUUCCUGUUUCCAUGGCAUUGGGUGGUCAUACAGAAAUGUCUGUGACUUCUACACCAGAACCUGAGUCUAGUCGUAUUAAAAAGUUGGAAAAGCUUAUAAAGAAGAGACUAUAACAUGACACUAUAUGGAUAAUGUAAACAUACUGUAAACAAACAUAUUUUAGUGACCAUCUUAUUUUGGCGUCUUUAUUGUGAAAGUACUAAAAUAUUAUUGCGCUAAUUGUUUAUAUUGCAAUUGUGUAUGGGUAUAUUGCUAAUUUGCGAAAAAAUUAAUGACGCUCAAAAAUUUGAUGUCACCAAACUAAGGUGUGUUUACAGUAUGUCAUUUGAUAUGGAAUCAAAUUAUAUGGUUGUUAAAUACUGAGAAAGUGCUAUAAAAUCAGCUAUAAUCAGUCUGUAAAUGUGAUCUUUUACUGUCCAUACCUGUUCAGAAGAUUGUGAAAUAUAAACUACAGACUGUAAUGCUGGAGCUCAUUAGUUCCUCGUCUUCAUUGUGAUGAAUGAUAUAAAUGAUAAUGUCUAAUAUCUUUAUAAAGAGUGCAAUAUCUGUUAUGUAAGUAUACGAGUUAUUGAUAUUGCUGGAAAAUGAGUCUUAACAGAAUUAAUACAGUAGAAAUUUGUAUAGCUUUAUAAAUUUCUUUGUUAAAAUUUUUAAAGUCUUAUAUGAUGCGUAUGUAUUGCCUAUUCCAUAUCAAUAAGAUCCUGAACUCCCAAAAAAUCGAAAUUUAUGAUCAUAAUACAUUGUAUGUUAUACACUGGGAGAUUAAAGAGAAAUAGGAUAUCUAUGGUCAUCUGUGAUAAGAGAUUACACAUUCAGACAUUUGAGAUAUGUUAAUGUUUUUGUGUUGGAAUUGGAUAGUGAAUUUUUUGUACUCGCUAUUAUAAACUAUGUUUGAAUCAAGUAGAAUUAGUAUUUGAGUUUCCCAAACUGAGGAGGAAGUUAAACUGUGGGACCAGGCUUACAUAUAUUUCCAGACUUUUGUAGAAAUCUGUGAUGAGUGAGAGAGAGAGAGUGAGGGGGAUGUGUAAAUAUAUAAUAAGUAUGAAAUACAGUUUCAGAAAAGGAUUGCGUAAUUUCGUAUUCAAGAUAUAAUAUGGAAUGUAGACACCUUCUUUAAACAAAAUCUUUUAAUCAAGGCCAUGUUUUCAUUGUAAAUGAACCAUUUUUCCUAUUUCUGACAACAAAUCUAUUAGUACCAGGCUUUAGGCUAGUGAAAUCAUGCACUGUAUGAUUGGUUUUUUGAAUGAUAAAGGAUAGGAAUGUGCAUCUAUAGGAUGUGAGAUUUCAGAUAGGAGGUUUUACUAAAUGUAGAAAAAAUUUUAAAAUGUUGGUGAAUUGAAAAAGGUCUGAAUCAAUGAUUUUGAGUGCUGACAUUAUAGGUCGAGGAGUUUG